AUGUCCAACCUCUACGUUGACCUUCAGGCUCCCAAUGGACGCAAGUGGAGUCAGCCUAUAGGUCUAUUUAUUAACAACGAAAUCGUACCUUCAAGUAACGGGCAGCUCCUCGAGUCAAUAGAUCCUGCAACUGAAUCGAAGAUUGCCGAGGUUCAUGCUGCCAGUGCAGAAGAUGUUGACAAAGCAGUACAAGCAGCGAAAGCAGCUUUAGUCCACGACUCAUGGAAACACUUGCCUGGCACUGACCGUGGCAUAUUGAUGGCGAAGCUAGCCGAUCUCAUUGAGGAGAAUAAGGAGCUCUUAGCAACGAUUGAUGCUUGGGAUAACGGAAAGCCAUACACUGUUGCCUUGACAGAAGACCUUCCUGAAACUAUCGGCACGCUCCGAUAUUAUUCAGGUUGGGCAGACAAAAUAUCUGGCCAGACGAUUGGCACUACUCCCGCAAAGUUCGCCUACACUCUGCGUCAACCUAUCGGUGUAAUAGGUCAAAUCAUCCCGUGGAAUUACCCAUUGUCUAUGGCAGCAUGGAAACUUGGCCCGGCGCUGGCUUGCGGCAACACGGUUGUGCUCAAGGCAGCAGAACAAACGCCACUGAGCAUUUUGGUACUAGGUACUCUCAUCAAUAGGGCGGGAUUCCCACCUGGUGUUGUGAACUUGAUCAACGGCCAUGGACGCGAGGCAGGAGCUGCGCUUGUCAAUCAUCCUUUAGUCGACAAAGUCGCUUUCACCGGUUCGACAGCUACCGCGUCACAAAUCAUGAAGUCAGCAGCGACUACCCUCAAGAAUAUUACUCUUGAAACCGGCGGCAAAUCUCCGCUGCUCGUGUUCGAUGAUUGCGACAUUGAGCAAGCGAUCAAAUGGUCGCAUUUCGGCAUCAUGUCAAACCAAGGCCAGAUUUGUACUGCAACCUCCAGGAUAUUCGUACAGAAGAGCAUCUACGAGACUUUCUUGAAGAAGUUCAAAGCGCAAAUCCAAGAGGUGUCCAAAGUUGGCGACCAAUGGAACGAAUCCACAUUCCAGGGACCACAGGUGACCAAAGCACAAUACGACCGCAUUCUGUCCUACAUCGACAUCGGUGAGUCGGAAGGAGCCACCAUAUUGACAGGCGGAAAGCGACACGGCGAUGGCAAGGGCUUCUAUAUCCAGCCAACGGUAUUCAAGGACGUGAAGGAUACCAUGCGUGUCUUCCGGGAGGAGAUCUUCGGACCUGUCGUCACAAUCUCAAGCUUUGAAAGCGAAGAUGAGGUUGUUCGUCGCGCCAACGACACGACAUAUGGUCUUGGUGCAUCAAUCUUCACCAAAGAUCUGGAGCGAGCUCAUCGAGUGGCUAUUGAGAUUGAAGCAGGUAUGGUGUGGGUGAACAGUAGCCAGGACUGUGACUUCAGGGUACCCUUUGGAGGCGUCAAGCAGUCCGGAAUUGGUAGGGAACUUGGAGAAGCAGGAUUGGAGGCUUACACGCAGACGAAAGCGGUACAUAUUAACAUGGGAAACAAGCUCUAA